GCCUUGGCGCUCACCUGAAAAAACCCUAAUUCCCCUGAAAACGCUUUCAAGAAAUUAAGUUCCUAAUUCAACGGCCAAAUUUAGUCCAACAGGCAUUGAUACGGAGGUCUUUAGUUAAAACUUGAAAUUCCAGUGCUGGUUUUCUACCGGAUUUUGGUUUCGUGGUGAUUAUAGCUGAAGUAUGUAAUUGGGCAUAACCAAGAAGUGGAAAGAGUUGGCGAAAUCACUAAUGGCUUUGGGCGUAAAGUUGUUAAAGGAAAUUCCCUUCUGAUUAAAGUUAGUUUAGUUUCGUAGCUCAGUAUCUCCCGAGGAAAAUUGAGCUAGGAUUAAUAAGGGGUUUAUAGGCUUGGCACCUUUGCAUUUGGGUGUUAAGUUGUGUUAAAGUAGUGAAAACAAUGAUGACAACCCCAGUUUCCGAUGGUUCAGUUUCGAAGAGGCCGAAGAGGACUAGAACAGUGGUAAAAAAUUAUGACGAAAGUUUGAUGGAUGAUUUAAUUGAGAAACAUAUAGGUGGUGAAUCAAAGAAAAGGAAGAGAACCAAGGAGGAAUUGGAGAAAGAAACUGAAACAGAGGCCAUGAUUGCUUUAUCUCUGGGAUUUCCAAUUGAUGAUUUGCUUCCUCAGGAGAUCCAAGCAGGGGUUGUAAGUGAGUUGGGUGGCAAAGAGCAAAAUGACUACAUUGUUGUGAGGAACCAUAUACUCUCGAGAUGGAGGGCUAAUGUUCGGACAUGGCUGUCAAAAGCACAAAUAAGGGAGACCGUUAGUAGCGAGUAUGAGCAUUUGAUGAGUUCUGCUUAUGACUUCCUUUUGUAUAAUGGAUAUAUAAAUUUUGGGGUUUCAGAGUCCUUUUCUCCAGUUUCAGAGGAUGCAACUGAGGGGUCUGUAAUAAUUGUUGGUGCUGGACUUGCAGGGUUAUCUGCGGCUAGGCAGCUCAUGUCAUUUGGAUUUAAGGUGAUUGUCCUUGAAGGUAGGAGCCGGCCCGGGGGAAGAGUAUAUACUCAAAAAAUGGGUAACAAGAGCGCAUAUGCUGCUGUAGACCUUGGUGGAAGUGUGAUAACUGGUAUCCAUGCCAAUCCAUUAGGAGUUUUGGCUAGACAGCUGUCAAUCCCUCUUCACAAGGUUAGAGAUAACUGCCCCUUGUACAAGCCUGAUGGGGCACCUGUUGACAAGGAAGCUGAUUCUAGUGUUGAACUAAUCUUCAAUAAGUUACUUGACAAAGUAACCCAAUUAAGAAAGAUAAUGGGUGGAUUUGCUAACCAAAUUUCCUUAGGUUCAGUCUUGGAGAAACUCAGACAAUUGUAUGCUGUUGCCAGAAGUACGGAGGAAAGACAACUCCUUGAUUGGCAUUUUGCAAAUUUAGAGUAUGCAAACGCUGGAUGCCUUUCAAAACUUUCUGCUGCUUACUGGGAUCAGGAUGAUCCUUAUGAAAUGGGUGGUGAUCAUUGCUUUCUUGCAGGUGGAAAUUGGAGACUGAUAAGAGCUCUGUGUAAAGGGGUUCCAAUCUUUUAUGGAAAGACCGUUCAGACCAUUAGGUACAGACAUGAUGGUGUUGAAGUUGUUGCCGGAGGCCAAGUGUUUCAAGCAGAUAUGGUCCUAUGUACUGUUCCGCUGGGAGUCCUGAAGAAGAGAACAAUAACAUUUGAACCAGAUUUGCCUCAAAGGAAACUUGCUGCAAUAGAAAGACUAGGCUUUGGAUUGCUAAAUAAGGUUGCCAUUUUAUUUCCUCAUGUCUUUUGGGGGGAGGAUGUGGAUACAUUUGGCUGUCUGAAUGAGUCCAGCCAAAGACGAGGAGAAUUUUUCUUAUUUUACAGUUACCAUACUGUUUCUGGUGGUCCAGUACUUGUUGCACUGGUGGCUGGGGAAGCUGCACAUUCAUUUGAAUAUGCUGAUCCAUCAACUAUGCUUCAUCAUGUUUUAAAUAUUCUUAGAGGUAUAUAUGGCCCAAAGGGCAUUGAUGUGCCUAAUCCCAUACAAUCCAUAUGUACAAGAUGGGGCAGUGAUCCCCUUUCUUAUGGUUCAUAUUCUCAUGUCCGAGUAGAGUCAUCUGGCAGUGAUUAUGAUAUACUUGCAGAAAGUGUGGGUGGUCGGCUAUAUUUUGCUGGUGAAGCUACAAUUCGGCAACAUCCAGCCACCAUGCAUGGUGCCUAUCUUAGUGGCUUAAGAGAAGCUUCAAGUAUAUUAAUAGCCACAAAGGGUCGGCAAAGUAAUCCCGGGAGGUCCAUUCACAGCAGUUUUGGUCCCAACAAUGAAACUUUGGCAGAUCUAUUCAAGAAGCCCGAUCUAGUAUCUGGGGAGUUCUUAUUUGUAUUUGAUCCAUUUCAUGAAGACCCAAAAUCACUUGGACUUCUGAGAGUUAGCUUUGGAAAGCCCAGUGACAACUGCAACACAGAUGUAUCCAAUGAGAACGAAGCAGAUAACCAGUAUCAAGAUUUACUGAACCAUCAAGUGCAGCUAUAUACAGUGUUGUCUCGGGAACAGGCACAAAAACUGCUGCAGGUGACUGGAGGAACACGGAGUAAAUUGUUGUACUUGUUUAAAAGUCUACAGCUGAAGCUAAUGGGAGCUAGCAGUUUAGGGGUUUUAGGCAACUCUGUGGCUGCUAACCUUUCAUCUUCACGAAGAAGUAAAGGCCGAAACCGUGUGUCUGGAGGGCCACAAAAUGCUAGAUGAUGCUUUAGUAUACUUGGGGUGGUAGGAAUCAGUUAGUAGCUCAAGUAUAGCAAGUGAAUAUGCAGUUUUGAGGAAGGGAUGGUAAAAGGAAUGCAUGCGUUUGCUUCCUGGAUUGACCCCUUUGUAGAUUGUAGCGGAUGGGGUUGUUACUGACUUGCCCAGAUUGGUGGUCUUUUAAAAUUUUGACCUGUCCAGCCUUUUUCAUAGCAAAAUGACUAUCUGCUGACGCAGAUCGUUUUAAACUGGUGAUGAAGCAUUGCAGCAGCAGUUGAGCAAUCUGUAUCAGCUCAUGCUAAUGUCUAUUUUCUUGUAUAAAGGAUAAUGUAUUAUUAGGUGCUUUUCAAGCUUCAUGAAAAGUUUCAUGUGCUUUUCAUCAUUGAAUGUAUGUUGUAAAAUAAUUCAUUGGUACAAGUAAGUAGGCUUCACCUCUUAUUGA